CGGGCACAAGGUGGUUCUCUCGUUCUGAUAGGACGUCAUAUGACGUCCUACCAUUCUCACUGCGCAUGCGCGGCUCAGGGAGUGCCGGCUCAGUCAUGUGAUCAGCUGUGUCCAAUCACAGCUGAUCACAUGGGACAUGUACACUGAUCAUCAGGGCACUGAUGAUCAGUGUGCCCUGAUGAUCAGUGUGGCCCCAGAAGUGCCACCUGUCAGUGCUAAUCAGUGCCAGUGCUCAUCGGUGACACAUGCCAGUGCACAUCAGUGCCACAUCAAUGCCACAUAUCAGUGCCCAUCUGAGCUGCCUUUCAAUGUCACCCAUCAGUGCCAGUCAGUGCCACCUAUCAAUACCAAUCAGUGCCACCUAUCAGUGCUGCCAAUCAGUGCCACGUAUCAGUCCCAGUCAGUGUUGCCUAUCAGUGCCAAUCAUUGCCGCCUAUCAGUGCCAGUCGGUGCUGCCUAACAGUGCCAGUCAGUGCUACCUAUUAGUGCCAGUCAGUGCCACCUAUCAGUGCCAGUCAGUGCUGCCUAUCAGUGCCACCUAUCAGUGUCAUGUAUCAGUGCUGCCUUUCAGUGCCCAUCAGUGAUGCCUGUCAAUGCCCAUCAGUGCAACCUACCAGUGCCUCUUCAUCAGUGCCCAUCAGUGCCACCUAUCAGUG